GGGCCCACAUCGCGACUAGGGCUAGGUUGGUUCAUUUUCAUCAUCAUCGGGAAUCUAUAUCACAAUUAGCAGUCAUGGCAGAAGCUGAUGUCACUGACCCCGUCGAUCUGAAUGAAGACUCACAGAAGACCAAACCAAAAAAAUCGAGCAAGAAGAAAGACGUAUCCUAUCCAUUGAAAGUUGUGUACUGUGGAGUGUGUUCCAUGCCCGUGGAGUACUGCGAGUUCAACCCGGCUUACAAGGACUGUAAGAAAUGGCUCGCCGAGAACUGCCCAGAUUUGUUUGAGAGGCUGACUAUCGAAGAGGAGGCGGAUGCGGGAGAUGGGAAAAAGAAAAAGCAGAAAAGAGGAGGAAGAGGUGUGAUGAAAGUGAAGAAGAAGGCCGAGCCACAGACUGUAACAAUUUCGAGGAUUCAACGUCAGAAGAAGAAAUACGUCACAGUAGUACGGGGCAUCGGUUCACAUGACAUAGACUUAAAAGAUGCGGCCAAAGCUUUUGCGUCACGGUUCUCUUGCGGUGCAUCUGUCUCCGGGGACGAUGAGAUUGUUAUCCAGGGUGACGUCACCGAUGAUCUGCUGGACUACCUCUCAGAAAAAUUCAAUAUUGAUGAAGAUAAUAUAGAAGAUCUAGGAGACGUGAAGAAAUGAAAGCCAACUCUACUUUAUUCACUUCAUUAUAGACCUUAUGCAUUGCCGGUACCUCGGAGGCUGGUCUCUGUUAUUUUAUUUUAGUAACAAUGAAUGCCAAAAGGGUUUACUCAUACCUAUCCAUGCAAUACAAAACCAUUGCCCUCAGACUCCGCCUUCAUGCAUAAGGUCUAUAUCUUAUUAAUAUGGUCACAUCGAUUUAAUAAUGCUGAUACUCAGAUACUUACCUUUCUGUUCAAAUGUUCGGGCAGUUUAAUGCAAAUGGUAAGAACAUGUAACAGGCCCGCCAGUUUCAAAGGGGUUUUACAGCUAACUGUCCUUGACAAAAUUUUGCACCACACUGCAAUAAUAUUGAG